AUGAAGCUCUUCACCGUCAUGUUUUCCUACCUCCUCCUCCUUGGCCUCUAUACACCACCAAGCCUGUCAGACAGUCCACCUCUUCAAGAUAUGUGCCCUAUGGCGCCUCAGGGUGAAAGGAAGCUGUUCAUGAACGGCUACCUCUGCAAGCACCCUAGCACCAUACUGGCUUCUGAUUUCAAGACUUUGCUUCUCAACCAUGCCGGGAAACUAGACAACGUGGUCAUCGUCACUGCUGCCGAGUUCCCUGGCCUCAACACCCUUGGCAUGUCCAUGGCACGGACCGAUAUCGACCCGUAUGGGCUAGUGCUUCCCCACUCUCACCCAAGGGCGUCUGAGAUGAUGUUUGUCCAUGAUGGCAGGGUGCUGGCUGGUUUCUUUGACACAACCGGUAAGCUGUUUCAGAAGAGACUAUGUAAGGGGGAUGUGUUCAUCUUUCCCCGUGGUUUGGUUCAUUUCAUCAUGAACUAUGGUUUCCGUCUUGCAACGACGUUCUCGGUGCUUAAAAGUCAGAACCCUGGUGUAGUUGGCAUCACCCAUGCAAUGUUCGCGCCAGAUUCAGAUGUAGUUGAGGGGCUGGUGGCCAGAGUGAUGAAGUUCAGAGAGAUGGAAAUCUCCGACAACAAGACUACUGAUUUUCCAUGGACUUCCUGAUUAGUUAUGUAACUAAUCAAGAUAGUGGAUCUAAUUAUUAUGAAAUUUACCCGCAGAUGAUGAUUUCCACGUUGCAAUCUUGUCAUGUAUUUGGACAGAAUCUCAGUCUAGUAAUGUUCUAUACUCAAUGAUGUAAAUACCAUGUGAUGUAGCUGAUUAAUAUCUGUAGGAAACUAGGAAUUAUAUAAAGAUCAGAAUCGCGACGCAUAGAUUGGGACCAUAGCCUUCUAU